AUGUAUGUUUGUGACCAUAGUGAUUAUGAACAGCUCUAUUCCCUAGAUGUCUUGGGAGUAGAGGAUCGAGGGGAGAAAGAUCAGUCAACAAUUUAUGCAGAAUUCCAAGAAAGCAUCACUAGGAAAGAGGAUGGAAGAUACGAAGUUGCUGUUCCAUGGAUACCUGGAGCUGUAUUGUCAAACACUAAUGAAGAACCCAGUAGGAAGAGACUCCACAAUGUAAACAGGAAGUUGAAACAGAAUCAACAGCUCAAAGAUGAAUACGAGAAAGUUGUGCAUGAACAGUUGAAAGACGGAGUCAUUGAAAAGACCAAAGAGAGCUCGACUAGUGAACGUGUGUUCUACAUGCCACACAAACCGGUGAUUAAAGAAAAUACCUCUACAACCAAGGUGAGAAUGGUGUUCGAUGCAAGUGCUAGACCCCAUCCAACGAUCAAUAGCGUCAAUGAAUGCAUGCACACUGGCCCCCCACUUCAACCAUUGUUAUGGGACAUAUUAAUCAGAGCCAGAUCGUCGCAACGCCAUUGUACACGAGUCAGUGUCCAAACUAUGUGCGACUUCGAGAUGAACCGCGCGCAUAUGGAGACACGUAAAUAA